UGGUAGAGCGCGCCACUUGUAAUGGUGAGGUCGGUUGUUCAAUCCAGCCAAUGGGCAUAACGAUUUUGUCUUUCCGACCACUACGUGAAUCUCAGAGUUGUCACUGGUUCCCACCGAUGAGUUUGUUUCGCGUUCAUGUUCUCCUCUUGCUGGCUUGCAGUAUAAUCUUCUUCUCUCAUGGCUCGAGGUAGACUUGAUGCACAGUAGCAGCCAUUGUCUCCCAAUGGCAAGGUUGAUAGCACUCCGCGGCCUGUGUUGCUUACUUCGCUGCAAUUCGGCUUCGUGACAGAAACCAUGAUUUUUACACAUAUUAGGUAGGCAUUGUACUUCUCCGUCCAGGUGGAACUAGUAUCUUGUAUUUUGCCGAUGCCCUUGUCUGCACCGUUCUUCAAACGACUUUGUAUUUCCUGAUGCCAAGGCCAUCUGCAGUUAUUUUUUUCCAUAUCAACCGAUCGAACUGCUUUAGGAAAGUCUUGAAUAGUGCAAGAUGCCGCCAUAUCGCUUGCGGUCUUGAUAUAAAGGACGACGCUCAUUCGAAACGCGUUUUCCCAGUCUCAUCUCUUGCCGUCCAAUCAAAUCAUCAUGUCCUAUCCUCCUCAGGGUCGCCUUCCUCAGGAACUUGUCGAUCUUAUCAUAGGGGAGUUGCAUCACUAUCCAACUCUAUCUCGGUGCUCUCUUGUUCACAGUUCAUGGCUUUAUACGACUCGAAAGUUCCUUUUCAACUUUCUUUCAGUUAUUGCCGAUGAUGAAGGCAAAUACAAUACAUUUAUUGAUUUUAUUCAAGUAGCUCCACCGAGCAUCUCGCUCUCGGUGAGGAAUCUGGAGCUUUGCGGGCCGAUAGACAGCGGGUGGAAAGAGGAUGAUAUUCCUGAUGUUGCAGCAUACGUAACCAACGGCAUUCUCCUUUCUAUCCUCACCCGACUACCCAAACUCGAGACAUUGCGCCUCGACUGCGUGUACUUCACGGCCAUUUCAGAUGACGACGAUCUCUCGAUACGGAAGCAACAAGUACCAUUCCAUGCCCCCGGUCUGUUUCGUCUGAAAUCACUGGAAUUGGAGUGCAUUGGAGAUCUGGACCUUUAUCACAGACACAAUGUGUCAGAAAUAAACGAAACGGAGACGUGCAUACUGGAUAUCGUCAACAUACUGAUCCUGUUUGACGAAAUUGGCUGUCUAAAUGUCACCAAAUGCGGACUCCUGGAACCUUUCCCAGGUGAUAGCUCUGAAUUGUCCACGCAGUUGUUACAAGAAUGGGUCCCGGUACCUCAUACGCUACGCGUGCACAGCCUGAAGGUUACCACCGACUACGGCAUAGACAUUGCACCUUUCAUACCCGUGCUGGCUCGCAUGUUAUUACCAAACACGCUGCAAAAUGUGGAGUUCGACGUUUGGGGUCUCGAGGAAUUGCCAUCAUUUGCCGAACUGCUGUCCAAUGGGGACAUUCGCUCGGUCUCCUUAUCACUCCAGUGUCCAAGACAUCCAGUCAUUACUAGAAUACCGUUAUCAUCGUUAAGGUCUUUCGGUCUCGGUCUCUCCGCGUGCGGUUCUCUCGAGCGAGCCUCAUUCAUGGCCGCUAAGAUGGACAACAUGCUUUUUCCCAUUGCCUCGCAGAUCCAUACAACACUUACACUCGUAUCCUUCCUUCCUCGUACAUCGAGUCUGAAGGAGAUAGAACUCACUUUCGACGUGCACGGGAAGCAGUGCAUGGGUUCUUUGCUACCCAUUCUACUCGCGUCAGAAGCACACUGGGUAGCCACUGAUAGGACGUUAGCGCUCGAAUUUUCAGGUCUCAAGGCUCUCAGUAUCAAGUUCGUUGACAACGUGCACAAGGAUACUGAUAUGCGCUGGGAUAGCGUAUACAGGAGUGACCACGAGCGCCCUCUUGAUCUGGCCAAUCAAGAUGGGUAUACGCAGCAGGAACUAGUAGAACUUGGUAUGGGUCACUUCUGGCCGUCCCCAAUCUUGGUGUCGCAUCUCGGAAAAGCCUACUCUUUUUUUAGUUCCACUGUGCGUGGAGAUCCUGCCAAUCCCUCCGCGCGUGGUAAUCCUUCGCAUGUGCUCUUCUAUCAGUUCGGCCAUUUCUUCGGAGAACGUAUGGCGCAUCUGAGAGGCACUAAUCGGUUAAGCAUACUCUACGAACCAGGGGACUUGUACUUUUGAACAUGACUAAUGACCGGUCCAUAGUCUGACAAUCCGAAUCGCAUAAAUCGCCUUAUUGUAGCAAGUAUGUUCGUUCAUAUUAGCGCACUAAGGUGUAUCUACAAGCGGCAUAUUUUUGAAGUGAUUCUAAAAAUUCUAUACAGUAGAUGUUGUGAAACG